AUGACGUUAACUCAGCCUCAUUGGUCGGCCGGCCGAGAUGCGACUUACUUAUCCGCCCAUUUUCAUCCCCUUCACCAUCUGCUUGUUCCCUCUCAAGAGGGCCGACUCAGUUCCGGGCUUCGCCGAGACUUGAAUCCAGCCGAGCCGACUCAAGCCUACACAACUCGUUCAAGGCGAGCCAGGCCGACCGGAUUAGAGGGGGACAAAUUAGGCGGAGACGUGGAGUCGCGGCUAGUUAUAAUGAAGAGAUAUGAAGGGGAGCCAGAAAAGGGGCAAUAA